AUGGCAGUCCUACGUGGAUGGAGAUUCGUGGCCUUUGUGUCCUGCAUUGUGGGCGCCGUGGGACUGACUUUGUACCCCGUGGUCGUGGAUCCGAUGCUGAACACCGAGAAAUACAAAUCCCUGCAGGAAUACAGCAAAAUCAAAAGAGAUGAGCUGCAACACAUCAAAGUGAAGUAGGAAAGGAUCCCCAAUUAGAACUCGUUAAUUGUUUACUUAGAAACUAUAAUGUUCUGCUUAAAUGCCAAUUCUACCAGGCAUUCAUAUGUUUGUACAUAUAUUUAGUGCCGCAUAAAUAUAUACAUAGAGACUGUCAUUAAGCAUUAUA